ACUCACUCCAGUCAAACACAAACUCCGACUACUUUUACAACAAUAGUGUGAGAGAGAGAGAUCGGCGUGUCUUGUCUGUGGUGCGGCCGACAGAGAUUUCAGAGUGCGCGUCGCGGCAACAAUCGAUCCUCGUCUCAGCCCCGCAACAAUAAGUGUGCGAUGCAGCAACAGUGAUCGGAUAUUCCUUUCGCCAGGAAAAUGCCGCAGCCGGAGGUGUGCAGCAGCGAGGGCGACGCUGAUUCGCAGCGCGCCAUGUCCGACACGCAGUCCGAGCCGUCGUCCGAGGAGCUGCUCGGCGACCUCAGCAGCGCCUCCCACUCGCCCUCUUCCAAACUGACCAAACUGCGCGGUCCUGCGCCACCCCCUGCGAAUCCUCUGCAGUUCGUCAAGAUCAAGCCACCCACCCACUUGUACACGGCGCCUCCUGUCAAGAAACCAGCCCCUGAACGCAUCCGCAAGGAAGAGGCCGAAGACUGGCAGAAUGACCUGGACGGCUGGAAAGCAAAUCGAAGAAAAAGACAGGAGCACCUACUGGAGCGGGUGUCCGAGUUCAAAAGGCAAGAUAGUGAUCCCGGCGGCGCCUCCAGAAAGAGCAAAACCUUCAGUGAAAUGAUGAAGGCAAGGAAACACAAUUUGGUUGUGUACGACGAUGACAACGAGAUCAACUUCUCCGAACUGGGACUCGGCAACGCCAGAGAAGAGCAGACAGAUGAACAGAGCGAUUCACACAGCAGUCUUCCGGCUGAAGAAGAAACACCGGUCGAAGAAGUGGCCAGCAACAAUUCCGGCUCCGAAACAAAUGGCCAAGCAAAAUAUGUGGAGGAGAGCAAAAAAGUCGAGGUGAAAUCGGAAAGAAAAGACAAAAAGCAGGUUGAGGAGGAGGAGGAGUGCACUUACGAAAGCGCCAUCAAAAGUUACGCUGAGUUUUCGGCGACCAGACUCAACAUCAGCAAGAAUUUAGAGCAGCCGAUUCUCAACAACAACGUCAAAGACGAAAACUCCAACAACAAAUAUGCAGCAACUGCCGUCAGGGAGGUCAAAGUUGUCACCGAAACCAUUGUUGUGAGCGACUCGGAGGACUUCAUGGAGGCGGAGGAGCAGCCCGAAGAGGUCAAACCCAAGUUCGAAGCGUCACCCCCGAGGGCGGCUCCUGUGAUCAAGUCAAGUGUGGUCAAGAGACUCUCAGGCACUUCUUCUUCUUCCUCAACAAUCUUCAGCAAAAUGGAGCAUUUCAACAACAAUAACCGCGAAAUCUGCCAAUCAAAAGAUGAGCCGAGUGUGAUCACCACAGCAUUGAGCUCCAGCUCGUCGUCCAGUCGGCUGGAGAACAUUGAAAUCAAACCAAUCACAGACAAAAUCAGCCGAUUCGAAAAGUCCAUCGAGGAGUCGGUGCUGUUCAACCCUCCCAAGAAGCACCGCCCCCCGGUGCCCAACAAACCCCCCAAAACGGCGCCACCUCCCAUUCCGACGGAAGCCCCUCCGACCGUCCCCAAAGAGGAGGAAGUCUCCCCUGCCCCCAGCUACAGUUGCCACGGACUUCCAGACACUUCCAGCAGCCCUAUCAUUAGUGACCUGCCCAGAGUUCUCAGUCCCAGGGACAGGUCGCCGUUGGGCGGAGAGGACUCUGGUGUCCACACCGCAGACAGUGUCAGCCAAUCAGAUGAAGUUGAUGAUGAGGUGGACAACCCUCUGCCUAUUUCAUCAGGUCUCUUGGGAAUGAUAAAUUCUCCAAUUGUUGAUGAUGAGCUGUCGGCCCUUUUGGCGCCUCCGACAAAAAUGGAGCCUCCGAGAGAAAAGCCGCCUCCACCGCCUCCAGUCGGAACCGCAGAUGACACAGAAAUCAUGCGAAAGUGCUUCCUGGGACUUGAAAUAACAAACAAAGCUCCUCCGUCGGUGCCGCCGCCGAUUCCGCCUGUCCAAUCGAACGAGAAGAAAGACGAAUUCUUGAGCAACCAGCUGAAGGAGAAGCUGCUCAAGCUGGAGGAGGAGAAGAACAACGUGAUCAACUUGGAGAAGAAGGUCACCGCCGAGAGACUGCCCCAGAUUGUGCAAGACUACAGCCUGAGUGCCCAGGAGAGACUGGCCGCCGAGCGAGAGGCGCUGCGACUCGAGCGCGAAUUGCUGCAGCAGGCCAAACUGAAGCAGCAACAGGAAUUGUCCUUUGCCAAGAAGCUGGCGAUGCGCAGUCUCGAGAGUCUGGACAUCAUUCCGGCAGAACCUGAAGGCCGAGACACGCCUCCCGACGAGGACUACCACACGGCCAAGAACACGCCUGUGUCCGGCUCGCCGCAAAAAGUGCGCCAGCAGCAGCAGCACGACUAUGCCAACCUGCCUGAGCAGCAGCACCUGAGAAAGGCGCAGUCGGAGGAACAGGUGCAGAAGCAGGAGCGCACCUACGUCAACCAGGCCUUCUUUCAGCCACCACAGCCAAGGUACUCGAGUCUUUACGAAGACCCUUACAAUUACGAAGAUAAACAAGAGCCGGUGGUGUAUAGAAAGAAGGCAGGACCGCCUCCACCUGUCAAACCAACCAACAGACACUCCACAAGUGCCCUUCUGACAAGGAAUUUUUCUGCCGACUCGAUUUUGGAGAGCGCAGACGAUUCCAACGUAGGGCCUGCCGUACCUCGGCGUGACCCCCUCGCCCCCAGACCCUCUCUACCCCUCAGUUGCUCGAUGAGCCAACUGCCCAAGCAACAAUCCCUCCCCAGCAGUCAGCAGCCUCAGCUCAAGAGCCAGCGGCCGCGCAGCUCGAGCGCCUUUGGCCUGACGAAUUAUCACCAGCACUGGCUUGUUCAGGAGGCUGAGCACCGGAGGAUAACGGAGCAGCAACAGAGGCAAGCAGUGAAGCAGCAGCCCAAACACCUCCCCGAUGCCAUUAUCAUGUCCCUAACACAGAGAGUUCAACAGAAGCAAAACAGUCAGCUCCCGCAGAGAGUUUCUCCGCAGCGCAGUCCGCCUCAGAGAAAUUCUUCCAGCUCGACUGUUCCCUCCGUGGACGACAAAGUGCUGAGUGUGAGCGGCAAGAAAAAGUGCUCCCACUGCAAUCUGGAAUUAGAAACGAUUGUAGGUCGUGGGGCGGCGAUGAUCAUCGAGAGCCUCCGCCUUUUCUACCACAUCGACUGCUUCAAGUGUUGCGUCUGCUGCAUCCAGUUGGGAGACGGUCUGAUGGGAACCGACGUCAGGGUCAGGAACGGCAAACUGCACUGCCACUCUUGUUACUCCAGCGAUGACGGAGUCAAGUUCAGCUGUGUGUGACAAUCUUUGCUUAAAUUUCGUCUCGGCAAAAUUGGUUGAAAAUUCUACUUAAUUUAUACAAAGUGAUGGUUGAAAUUUGUACAUAUUAUUAUUCGAUUUCCUUGUGAUACUUGAUGCGAAUUGUUUAAAUUAGCUCAGUACAAACGUUGCCUAUAUAAAAUUUGUACAUAAAUAAAAGUAAUUUAUGACCAGCGAUUUGGAUUUGAAGCGCCGUGCCUAAAUUUGCUGUGUAAAAAGAUUUAUAUUGUGUACAGGAUUGAAACGAGAGGUUGCAGCUCUGCUCUUUUUUUACGUUAUAACAUAUUUUAUUUUACAACAAGUGUAAUAACAACAUCGAGAAGAUGUGUUUGCGGUUCGUUCGCUGUUGACAAUCUUAAAAAUGUAACAAGAUCCAAUAAAAAUUUAAGUACCAA